AUGGUCAAGGGCAAUGCAGCCGCCGCCGCCGUCGCCUCAGGGCCAGGCAUCUACAGCGCCGUAUAUAGUGGAAUACCGGUAUACGAAUUCCAGUUUGGCGGUGAUAUGAAGGAACAUGUCAUGCGACGACGGCAAGACAAUUGGAUCAAUGCGACACACAUCUUGAAGGCUGCUGGCUUUGACAAGCCAGCUCGGACUAGGAUCCUCGAACGAGACGUACAAAAGGAUGUUCACGAGAAGAUUCAAGGUGGUUAUGGAAAAUACCAGGGUACUUGGAUCCCUCUCGAAAGCGGACAGGCCCUGGCCGAGCGACAUAGCGUGAUCGAUCGGUUACGACCCAUAUUCGAAUUCGUUCCUGGCGCAGAAAGCCCUCCUCCAGCUCCUAGGCAUGCCAGCAAGCCCAAAGGGCCAAAGGCACGACCUCCGCUGCCGAAAUGGAACAAUCCUCCUCCCCCUCCACCACCCGCUGUGGUACCUGAGGAGCCCGAUACCUUGAUGGGAGAAGAGGAUACUCCAGACAAUCUCACUGUAGCAUCGGCUUCAUACAUGGCCGAAGAUGAGCGAUUCGAUCUCACCAAUGUGCCGGGCACCAGUAGGAAGCGUCGAAGGGAAGACGUCUUGCAAGAUCUAACCGAACAGCAACAUGCACUAUACGGCGACGAACUCCUCGAUUACUUUCUCCUAAGUAAGACAGAGCAACCAGCAGUAAAGCCCGAGCCACCACCCAACUUUCAGCCAAACUGGCCUAUCGAUGCCGAGGACCACACUGCCCUCCACUGGGCGUCAGCUAUGGGAGAUGUGGACGUUGUCAAGCAGCUGAAGCGGUUCAACGCAUCUCCCACUGUCAAGAACAUCCGAGGCGAAACCCCCUUUAUGCAUUCAGUCAACUUUACCAAUUGUUAUGAAAAGCAAACCUUCCCGGUGGUUAUGAAGGAACUUUUCGAGACGUUUGAUGCUCGUGACAACAUGGGCUGCACAGUGAUUCAUCAUGCUGCUGUGAUGAAGAACGGCAGAGUUUUUAACUCGUCAUGUUCACGGUAUUACCUAGACAACAUCUUGAACAAGCUGCAAGAGACGUUAGAGCCGAGUGCGUUCCAGCAGCUACUAGACAUCCAGGACAACGACGGGAACACGGCAUUGCACCUUGCCGCAGACCGAAACGCCAGGAAAUGUAUACGAGCGCUCCUUGGGCGCAACGCGUCAUCAGACAUUGCGAACAAUAAUGGCAUACGGGCGGAGGAUAUGAUUAUGGAUCUGAACGCCACGAAAAAGGAUCGUGGGCCUCAACGCUCGUCGUCACCUUUCGCCCCCGACUCACAACGCCAUGCCUCUUUCCGAGACGCCCUCGUCGAGAAACCAGCUCGGAAGCCGACGACGGUAUUCCAGUCGGCAGCAGCCAACACGGUGCAGUCACGCAUAUCACCUCUGAUCAUGGAGAAGUUCCAGGACUUGGCUAAGAGCUACGAGGAGGAGUGGCACGAGAAGGAUGUGGCGGAAACGGAAGCAAAGCGCAUCCUCUCAAACACGCAAGCAGAGCUGACGUCGGUGCGGCAACAAAUAGCAGAAGUUGAGGCGCAGCUGGAGCCCGAUGACGCAGCGUCCAAGAUCAUGAACGAGGCCAACCUGUCAAAGCAUCAGGUGCUCUCGCUCAUCACACACCAGAACCGUCUGCACGUACAGCAAUCGGUUGAUCAGGAGCUCAGCCGCAUAAACGGCGACGGCGGGGUGCAGGAGGAGUCAUACGAGGAGAGGCUGAGCCUGGCACGGCAGCUCAACCAGAUGCUCGCGGAGCAGCGGCAGGCCGAGACGGACUACGUCGAGGCGCUCAGCAUGGUGGGCACUGGCGACAAGAUUGAAAAGUACAGGCGGCUGCUGAAGCGGUGCCUCGACCCCAAGGACGGCGAGAGCCUGGACACCAACCUCGACAGCCUGAUCGAAAUGAUGGAGGAAGAGCGGGACGUGCACGGGAUGGACGGGAUGGAGGCUGAGCCAAUGGAGCUGACUGUUGGCAUGUAG